AUGGUCCGGGCGCUCCGUGCUGGCUGCUCCCUCUGUGUGUGUCAUCUGUCCCAGCCCAUACGCGCAAUUCUAUCCCAGGAAAGAAGGGGGAAGCUCUAAAUGGUCCGGAUUAGUUCUGUUUCAGGGCAAUGUGCGUAAUCUUCUGGCGGCUUUUAUGUUUCCCGAGGGAAACCUGGAGAACAAUUGUUUCUUUCCACGCUGUACUUUUGCUCCCAAGUUAAAAAUAGGAUCAUUAGCCUGGAGAUUUAAGGGUAGAGUGUAACUGAAGGCAAGGCACAAAUUCCUUAAAUAGGCGGAACAAAAAUAAAAAUGAUUUUGUGAAGCUAAAACAAUAGUUUGCAAUCUUUCUGCAAUUUUCCCAGUUUUUUAAUCGUCUAAAGACUGAAUAUGGACCCUGAAACUGAGAUAAAGAAGCAAGUAAACCCUUUCUACUGCAAUAUUUGCAAAAUCUGGUGUGCUUCUGCAUUAAACUUGCAGACUCACUUCCUUGGAUUCAAACACAAGACGGUUGAAGAAGCACUGAAAGCUCAUGGCAUUGUUAAAACAGCCAGUGGCUCUGGGGAGCAAGUGAAAACACCUGUAAAACUUCCUGAUUAUGUGCACGCUGAGCCAGAGAGGUUUCAUGGACAGACAUUGGAAGAACAGCUUAAUACAUGUAAAGAUUCAGAACCUGCACUUGGGCUUAAUUAUAUAAUAGAGUACCGAUCAAAAGACAAUUUUCCUUUCCUCUAUGAAUGUCAACUGUGCUACUGUAAGACGGGACUGAAUAACAUGUUCAUGCAUGUUUGUGGUUCCAAGCAUAGACUGGCAUACCUGAAACAACAUUAUCCUGAGAUAGCAGAAUCUGAUGAAAUUAAGGGUAAAGGCUCUGAACUGAACAGAAAAGUUAGGCAAGUUGCAUUAACAAUUGAGAAGAAAGAAGGAAGAAAACAAAUAAAGGUUGUUACAGAUGCUCCAACAAUGAGGAGGAGAUGGCAAGAAUAUUUUAAUGCAGAUGACAGCCCUUCAAAAGCUAAAGUUCAGUAUGUGGAUGCAUCGCUUAGUAAUGCAGAAAAAGCAGACAGUAAAAAUACAGAUGGGAAACUGCCAGACCCCAUUCAAGAUGGAAAUAAUGUUCAAGAGGAGAAGGAAAAAAGUCAGAAAGGACAAGCAAAACCAGAUGAGGAGGUUGAACCUAAUAAGGCUAUUGAAAGCAGCAAAGGCAACAACUCGGAAAGGUGUGAAACCAAUAAACAAUCGCAGGAAGAAAACAAGGGAGUUGAGCAACAACUUACAGCAAAUCCUGAAGAAUUCACUAGUCAAGAAGAACUUUUGGGUUAUUUGCAAAGUUUUGAGAUACUGAAUGAAGAUGAUGCUUCAUUUAUCCUGAAAGUUACACAAACUCUUACAGAUGCACUGGUGGAAUAUCGUCAGCAGAGUGCAUCAAACAAAGACCUCUUAGAUGCUGAAUAUAAUGGAGAAGCAGCAUUGGAAUGUUCCACAGAACAGUCUGACCUGACUUCAGCAGAUGUUAGUGACUCUGAUACUGACUAUUCAAGCAGCCGAUCAGCUAAACAGUCCUUACCAGUAAAUGGAGAAGAUGAACCCCAAAACUUUUCAACUGGCUCCUCAGACACAGCAUAUGAGAACAACGUCACAACUGAAUUUUUGAACAGUGUGAGAAAUAUGAAUGUUGAGGAAGUUACUGCUACUCUACACAAAAUAGCAGCAGCAAAUCCAGCUUUCAGAGGAAUUGAUAUUCCGAAUGUUAUAAGGAUCCUGGCUGAAAGUGGAACUUUGAGGAGGCCAAGCAACGGCAGCACACAGUGACACGGUGAUUAACAGAGUUAAUAUAGCAAUGUUUAUUUCUCUUUGCAGCCAAAUGCUGGUAUAAUAUAGACAUGCUGGGGCCAGAUGGUAAAUGAACCUUUUAAUCUUAACUUAGUUUUUUGGAGAUCUGGAUGGAACUGAGAAGCCUCAUCCUGAUGGUUUCACAUCUUUAUGUCAUGGAAUGCAAGAUGCAAUAAAACUGAAGUAACAGAGAAAGCAG